UCUCAGCUCUAAGGACGUGUCUCAAUUACUCUUGUUGCACAGGUUGUGAGCGAGGGAAAGAGAGGGAGGAGAGAGAGAGAGAUAAACACACACCACCUAGAACGUCAAACAAGAGUAAGUGUCAGACAGAAACAGGCAGAGAGGAAGAAGGGAGGGAACAGGGGAGAUAAAGGAUAGGAGAAAUAGCUGACCAUGAGUAAAAGAGGAGAGCGACAAAGAUAAACAAAGAGAACUCCAUCUGUUUUGUUUUUGAAAGGAGACAGUGGCAGAGAGGUGUAUAUAUAUAUAUAUAUAUAUAUAGAGAGAGAGUGAGGUAGACCCAGCAGAAGCAGGACUGCUGUACAGUGUGUUGUGUUGGGACCUUCCUCCAGGGAGCCUAGUGGAGCAGAGCUUGGUGCCUGGUGAGAGAGUGACCCCCCCGGGACAUAGACACAGCCAUGGAUCCCUCUGCGUCGGAUGAGGUUGGGGACGAGUGCAAGGAGAGCAGGAAGAUCCACUUUGCUGUGCAGUCCUCGGCACCCACCCAACUGGACCCCCGGCAAGUAGAGAUGAUCCGACCGCGGCGGCCCUACCUGCAACGCUGUUCCAGAGUGGCAGACCAGUGUUCUCCUGAGGAUUUGUUCUUCCUUCCACAGUGGAUUGUAGGAGAGAAUGGGUACUCAAAGCCAAGGCGAGUCAACUAAAUGUGGUAUCAGCCACCACCUGAAAGUACCGUCCAGAAGAUGGCUGAGGCACACAUGCAGAACCUGGGUGUCUACCCCCCCUUGGAAGACCCCUUUGAGGGGGAGGAGUACGACGACUACCCCUGUCAUGAGGAGAGGGAGGAGAGAUUCCCCACCAAAGCUGCUGACCCCCAAGCGACCAGCACCACAGAUCAAUCAGAGAAGCCGGAUGAAGAGGAGGAAGAGAAAGAGAAAGAAGAGGAAAAGACGGAAGAAAAGACAGAGGAGAAGGCAAAGAAAGUGCGCAAAAGUGUAAAGUUUUAACACUACUUUAAACCAAAAAAAGGAAGGGAGAGAUGGAUGGUUGCAGAUGUGUAAAUGAUUGAGUGAAUGAAUGAGUGAUUUAAUGUGUGAACGUGUGAGUGAGAAAGAGAGCUUCUAAGUUUGAAUGGUGCAUAUUCAAAUUCAAUGAAUUAAUGAAUGUAGGUAGGUACUGUUAGCAUAUCUGUGAGCAAAAAAAAUCUAAAAAUCAGUACAUUAAUGGAUAGGGCAUUAAUGGAUAGGGCAAGGUCAUCAAGGUCACUGUGACCUUGAGGUCCCUCACUGCAACGCUAGUCUUCUCUUCCAUGUCAGGGGAACCAUUCAUUCACAACUCACUUUCUUACUUUGCUCUUUAAUGUUACAAAGCAAUGGAAUAAUGGCUAGAAAUAAUUACACGACACUCAAAAUAACUGUAAACGGACAAAUGCUGAUGAACAGCUUCAGUAUAGAACACACACACACACACACACACACACACACACACA